AAAAAAACAAAAAAAAAAAACAAUGAAUUAUAUUACAGCUCCAUGUUGUUUAGUUGUCACAUCUCAGGUGGCAGCGAGUGCAGAAGCUGAGAAUGUCAUAAUUCUCACCUGUGUAACAACUAAUUAAUCGACCAUAACAUUCAGGUUCUCGCUGUCUUCUGCUGGCAAGAUGUGUGACAUAUUCACAAGACAAGAUGCAAUGUCAUUGUUGCAGGGAAAGUACAUACUCAUGCUAGGGGACUCCAAUAUGAGAGCUUUGUACAAAGACUUAAUUUGGCUGUUGGAAACCAACACACUGAUUGAAUCUCAUCAACUUCGAACAAAGAUGGAAAAAAGCUUUCUUGGUGACAAACGGACAGCUGGUGAUAAGUUACAUAAAGCAAGAAAUUUCACAGAAACAAGAGUGUAUGAGAACCACAAUGUACGUGUGAAAUACAGUUUUUUAACAAAGUGCUACUCAGAAGAAGUCAAAAAUAUGCUUGGAGCCAUCAAAUCUGGAGCAUCAUAUUGUCCUGAUGUAGUAGUUGUGAAUUCUUGCUUGUGGGACAUAUCACGAUGGGGACCCAAUGGUGUUCCUGAGUACAAAGACAACAUGGUGAAGCUAAUGAGACUCUUCAAGUCAUGCCUUCCAAAGCAAACUUGUGUUAUAUGGAUGACAACACUGCCAAUAUCAGCAUCGUGUAGGGGUGGAUUCCUCAUAAAACAGGUUGAAUUUCUACGUCACACCAUGCGAUUUGAAGUAAUGGAAGCAAAUAUGUAUGCACGUGAUGUUGUUGCCUCAUUUGGAUUUGAUGUACUAGACGUACAUUAUUACAUGCGAAUGCAAAUACACAGGAGAUCAAGUGAUGGUGUCCACUGGCUUCCCUCAGCAAUGAGGCAUAUAACUAAUAUAUUAUUGACACAUAUUGCUCUUGUCUGGAACAGGACACUGCCCGGGAAUUUCAGUAGUUUGGCGUUGGAAAAAGCAAAAGUGCUCACUGUGAAAGAGAAAAAACAUGAAUUUAAAUUACCUGAAGUUCCAAACAUAUUCAUCAGGGAAAAGCAGUCAGGACCUCCUGAAUGUUGCCGGCUGCGGGCCCGAGCACCGCUCAAAGAUUGUGCAACACGGCGGCGCCGGGCAGCAAGAACGCAGUUCGAGGAGCACGCACAGCGAAGCAAUUGGCCUGCACAACUCCAGUUCAUACAGCACAGUGAUACUGCUGCUGUGGAUCCUGAGCUGAACUCAUGGAACAUGGCUGAGGGGCUAAAAUACCAUGUGUGAAGAAUAUUUGUACUUGUCUGACAGAGUGAGCACCACAACACCUAUUCUACAGAAGACAGAUAAUUCUUGUCUGUUCAAUUCCAAAGAGUGCAACAAUUUUGUUAUUGACAGUGUACUGUGAAACAAUAACUUUCCCAACUUAAGUUAGCAAUUGAUGGCACAUCACAAUACAUUUGGACAAAAUUAUACUCAUGCUAAUGAACCACUGGAUGCACUUUCAGAAAUCAUCAAAACACAUGCACAAGAAGUGGAAACAUAAAAAUGUAUAUUGACAUGUUCAAGAAGCUGCUUGUGGAAAAAAAAUUCUGUUGUUAUGAGCUGUGAUAAACUCAAUAUUGUACAUAAAUGUACAGUUUCAAGUUAACUUUUUUUAUUUAGCCUGAUGUCUGUAUCAGAGUAUUUCUACAUUUUGUAUAGCUCAUAUAUAUUUUUAGUAAAAAUUUUUGUAUUGUAUUUUUAUAUGCAGACAUUUAAGGCUUUUGCACCUGUGUCAGUAAACUAAAACUAGAAAAUUGCCUGUAAUGAUUGUAAAUAUUGCCAAAAAAGUACAAGUUUUUUGUGACUUAUUUAACUAGUGUCAUACAGAAGCAAGAAGAUCUGAAUAAAACUAUGACCUGUGUGCCUUUAAAUAUGGCUAAAUUUAAUUGUGUUUUGUAGGGUGUCAUAGCAAGCCUAGAUUUACUUCUGGAAGGUGUCGAGCAGAUACAACAUCUGACACAAAAUAUUAAAAUAACUUUAUUAAAAUUUAAACAAUCUAAAAUAUUUAACUUGCAAACAAUUCAUGUUCACAGUCAUGCUGUAUAUACUUGAUACUGCUGUUGAACACUGUAACUGCUAUCACUCAAUACACUGCAGAAUGAUAGUCUCAUCUCAAUGUAAA